UCAUGAUGGCCGCUUCUAGCUCAAUCGUGUAUUCUGUUGCCAGGGGUCGAACACUUUUUAGUCUACUUAGCAUUGGUUACAAAACGAGACUAAACCUAUUUAGGAACAAUCUGAGGUUUCUUGGUGAUGAUGUAUCUACCUCCCCGGCCAAGCGAACAAGAGAAGAGUUGGCUGAUAACCCAGCGCCUGUGCUGAGGUUCGCUAAGCUGUCAGAAAAUGCAAUCACGCCUAGCCGGGGCUCCGCAAAAGCUGCGGGAUAUGAUCUGUACAGUGCAUAUGACUACAUUAUUCCUGCUCAAGGUAAAGCUUUGGUGAAAACGGACAUUCAAAUCGCUGUUCCAUCUGGAUGUUAUGGCAGAGUUGCACCACGAUCUGGUUUAGCUGCUAAACAUUUCAUUGAUGUUGGAGCUGGUGUUGUUGACGAGGAUUACAGAGGAAAUGUUGGUGUUAUAUUAUUUAAUUUUGGGAAAGAAGAAUUUGAAGUUAAAAAAGGGGACAGAGUGGCACAGUUAAUUUGUGAGCGCAUACUGUGCCCUGAACUGAAAGAAUUCAAAGUUUUAGAAGACACAGAGCGUGGUUCUGGUGGCUUUGGGUCUACUGGACAGAACUGAAUUACAUUUGACAUACAACUGUUUAAAAGAAAAAAAUUAAAAAAAAUAUUUUGUAAUAAAAAAUUAAAAUCUUGAA